AGAAUGAACAGCCUUCCCUCGUUUGGUUUGACAGAGGAAAGUUUUAUUUGACUUUCGAAGGCUCGUCGCGGGGCCCCAGCCCCCUGACCAUGGGGGCACAGGACACCCUGCCCGUCGCUGCCGCCUUCACGGAAACCGUCAACGCGUACUUCAAAGGGGCCGACCCAAACAAGUGCAUCGUGAAGAUCACAGGGGAGAUGGUGCUGUCGUUUCCAGCGGGCAUCACGCGACACUUUGCCAACAACCCCGCUCCGGCGGUGCUCACCUUCCGCGUCUUGAACUACAACAGGCUGGAGCACGUCCUGCCAAACCCCCAGCUCCUCUGCUGUGACAACACGCAGAGCGACGCCAGCACGAAGGAGUUCUGGGUCAACAUGCCAAACCUGAUGACUCACCUAAAGAAGGUAUCGGAACAGAAACCGCAAGCCACCUAUUACAAUGUGGAUAUGCUCAAAUACCAGGUAUCUGCCCAGGGUAUUCAGUCUACUCCAUUAAACCUUGCAGUGAGCUGGCGGUGUGACCCUGCAAGCACUGACCUCCGCAUCGACUACAAAUACAAUACAGAGGCAAUGACCACACCGGUCGCUCUAAACAACGUCCAGUUCCUCGUCCCCGUCGACGGAGGAGUAACCAAACUUCAAGCUGUGCUUCCUCCUGCCGUCUGGAACGCCGAGCAGCAAAGGAUAUUGUGGAAGAUCCCUGAUAUCUCUCAGAAGUCGGAAAAUGGAGGUGUGGGGUCUCUGCUGGCCCGAUUCCAGCUCUCGGAGGGGCCCAGUGCCCCGGCCCCCCUGGCCGUGCAGUUCACCAGUGAGGGCAGCACCCUGUCCAGCUGCGACAUCGAGCUCGUGGGUGCCGGCUACCGCUUCUCCCUCCUCAAGAAGA